GAUGGGAGCUCAAUGCUCACCUCACUGACCCAGGCCUUGCGCAUGAGUCUUGCUGCUUGCUGAAGCCGAUUUUGGGUCCCGGGACUUAUUCUUGCACGUGCAAUAGUUGAGAAAAUAGGUUUGGCCCUAGCUUUGAGCAUGCAUUUAAUUGCUGGCUGAAGCCGAUCCUACAGGCCCCGGUUGUCUUCUGCACAUGCGCAGAGGGCUCAAUGACAGUCGCGCGUUGGCUAAGGCUCCCGGGAAAGGGGUUGGCCAUGUUGCACAUGACCCGUGGAGCCUUGGGGUCAAGGGAACGAGCAUGGUCUCUGGUACCUACUCUUCUUGGAACUCCCCGCGCCCUGUCGUCCCUGGCGGAGAAGAUGGGGGUGUACCGCAAGAUGUGGAACCCCACAGAGCCCCGUGAUUGGGCCCAGCAGUACCGCGAGCGCUUUAUUCCCUUCUCCAAAGAGCAGCUGCUCCGCCUCCUGAUACAGGAGUUCCACUCCAGCCCGGCAGAGAAGACAGCUUUGGAGCAGUUCUCGGCUCAUGCGGACUUCUGCACUGUGCUCCACUACCACCACCUCCUGGCCCGGCUGCAGGCCUUGUAUGACCCUAUCAACCCCGACAGAGAGACCCUAGACCAGCCAUCCCUCACGGAUCCCCAGCGUCUGUCCAACGAACAGGAUGUGCUCCGCGCUCUGGAGCCCCUGCUGGCCCAGGCCAACUUCUCUGCACUGUCUGAGGAUACCCUGGCUUAUGCACUGGUUGUCCACCACCCUCAGGAUGAGGUCCAGGUGACAGUAAAUUUGGAUCAGUAUAUCUACAUGCAGUUCUGGGCCCUUGGCCAGCGAGUCGGACAGAUGCCUCAUAUGUCCAGUGUAGGCUCUAAGCGUGGCUUCUUCACCAAGCCGCCUCCUGCAGAGAGGAGGUAUUUCAAACGGGUAGUGCUGGCGGCCAGGACUCGGCAGGGGCGUCUGGUUCUGAAGAGCUUUAAGGACACGCCUCUGGAGGGCCUGGAGCAGCUCCUGCCCGAGCUGAAGGUGCGCACUCCCGCAAUGCAGCGCGCCAUGCUCAACCUCAUGCUGCUGGUCUCCGGGCUCAUGUUCUUUGUCAACGUGGGCAUGGUGGUGCUGUCUGACCUCAAGAUGGCCACCUCCUUGCUGCUGCUGCUUUUUGCUGCCUUCAUGGGCGUCCGGGCCUCCAAGGUGUUCGGUCAGUGGCGCAGUGCGCAGGCGCUAGAGCUGGCGCACAUGCUGUACUACCGCAGCACGUCCAACAAUUCGGAGCUGCUCAGUGCACUGGCGCUGCGCGCGCAGAACGAGCACACCAAGGAGGUGCUGCUGGCUCGCAGCUUCCUGGCCCGGCGGCCUGGGGGCGUGCAAGGUCCGCCUGAAGACCUGCGCCUCUCCACAGACCCAGGUUGGACACGGUUUCUGCCCGCAGAGAUCUCCAGUUGGCUGCAAUCGGAGGUGGAGAGCUGGCUCCUGACCCAGUCAGGUUGUGAGGUGACCUUCAACGGAUCCCGGGCCUUGGCCCACCUGCAAGCUCUGACCCCCAGCCUUGGGCUAUUCCCUCCCUCGAAGUUGCCCCGACUGGACCCGUUGGCUCCAGGCCCCGCCGAGGCCUCGCAGGUAGCAUCGGGCGGUAGGCCCCCGGCAGCCUGACUGCCUCCUCGUCCUACCACGAGCUGCGCACAUCAAGCUCCGCCUGCGCCCCGGCAAGCUGUCAGUCCUGGCUGCAGCUCCCGCUUCCAGGUCUCAACAGGCCGUCUUUUCUGCUACGCCGUUAACUUCGAAGCAGCCAAUCAUGACCGCUAGCAGUUGCUAAGUAACCCUUCUGAAGCCAAUCAAAGGUGUUUGGUUCGGCUCGUUUUUUUUUUUAUCCCUAGGCCCCGCCCACGGCGUGAACCUCGGCCUGUAGAGGGGGUGAAGCCUGGGGAAACAGUACCCAGCUGUACCAUCACAGGUGCCAAGCUGCGUUCCGAAGGCUGUAUACACAUCACCAUCACCGUCUGUUUAGCCUGCGAACUGCCCACCUCAUGCACCUGGUCGGACUGGCAGUAGCCCGGGAGUACACCAGCCUCAGAGCCACUUGGCCCUGACCCAGCCAGUGCCAGCUGCUGGGCACCAUCCUCGUCGGGCAUCUAGUGGACAUUUGCAGAGGAAUCUGCAGGGAUGUCGAGAGAUGGAGCAUUUGCUCAGCUGUUUCAGGAGGGGAUACUGGGAACCUUGUCAGAUCAUUGUCACCCCAAGAACAGUCGGGGCUUCUGUGCUCUGAGUCCUGGUCUCAAGCCCUGGCUGCAGAAACUACCUCCACUUGGCUCUCCCCACCAGUGCCCAGUACAAUAUUUAUCGGUCUGUCACUUUCUCCUAAGGGAAUAAAUCAUAUUUAAAUACA